AUGGAAGUUCAGUCGAGUUCUAAGAUAUCUAUUUCAAGCUCCAAACUUUCAUCAAAACGGUUUUUGUUUGACAAACGCUACGGCUAUGUAUAUGAUGAAUGGAGAGAACCUUCGGAAGUUGCACUAGCGUAUGGCCGCGGAAUGUUUUGCAUUGUGCCUCUUGGGAAGGCUUUGCUUACAAUGGUUUCUGAAUCGGUGAACUUUGCAGCAAGCCGAACAAUCCAAGUUGUUGAACGACCAGAUCAGCUUUCUCCUCAAUCAUUGCAAGCUAAGCUCAACAACAAUAUCAUGUUUCCUAUAAAGAAUAUAUUUGGGCUCAAACACAUUUCAAUUUCACCCUUGCAUGUAACAAGUGCCUCUUCACAUUCCCAUGCCAAAAGCCACGAAUAA